AUGGCACUUGCCAAGCUGCGUGGAAAGAAGCUUGGCCGCGUCAUCGGUAUUAUCGGUGCCGUAGGCUUCAUUUUGCAGGGCUACGAUCAAGCUGUGGCCAAUGGACUGCUCACUUUGGCCUCAUUUAUUGCGGUAUUUCCGCAGAUUGAUACACUGAAUACCAGCGGAGCACAGAAAUCGCACAACUCGACGAUACAAGGAACUACGGUCGCGAUUUACGAAGUUGGGUGUGCUCUUGGUGCAUUCUCAUGUGGCUUUCUGGGUGAUCGACUCGGUCGGCGAAAGACUAUAUUUUUAGCAGGAUGCAUCGCGUUGGUCGGAAUCGUCAUCCAGGCGACACCAUUUUCGCUGGGCCAGCUAAUUGCGGGUAGAGUUAUCACUGGUCUGGGUGUUGGCGGCUUCACAGCGACAAUUCCCAUGUACGUAUCAGAGUCCUCUGAUCCUGAAGCCCGUGGAAGAAUGGUUUUGCUGCAGGGUUGGUUCGCAAUUGGUGGUGUUGCCUUUGCUACUUGGCUGGAGUUUGGUUUGUACUACGCGGGCACCAACUCCGCUAGCUGGCGAUUCCCGAUCGCUUUCCAGGCGAUUUUCGCUCUUUUCGUUGUCUCUUGCAUUCUGUUCAUGCCCGAAUCUCCUCGUUGGCUUGCGAAGGUAGGCCGCAUUGAAGAAGCGGCCGAGGUCCUGGCGCGUCUAGAAGAUGUAUCUGUCGACUCCGAACAUGUUGCGCAGGAACUGGAAAUUAUUCGGCAAUCACUUGCGGAGAAUGAACAAGAUGAGGGCUCGGCUUCAUCCUCUCCUUUUGCGCGUACCAAGAACCGCCAUCUACACCGCACCGUACUUGCAAUCGGAGUCAACAUCCUGGCCCAGAUGACCGGUGUCAACAUUAUCACAUUCUACUCCGAUACCAUUCUGGAGACAAAUCUCCACUACUCAGGCACUAUCGCCCGCAUCGUCUCGGGAUGCCUACAAAUCUGGCAAUUCUUCGCCGCUGGCCUAGCUGUUCUCCUAAUUGACCGUUUCGGUCGGCGUCCUCUCCUCAUUACCGCCGCUAUCGGCAUGACGAUCGCACAAACCUGUCUCGCAGGCCUUUCCAGUGAUCUUAGCAACAAGGGAGCAGCGGGUGCGUCGAUUGCCUUCUACUUCGUUGCUCUGUUUUGUUUUCCCAUUGGUUUAUUUCUGGUGCCUUUCAUGUACGCUGCGGAGAUCGCUCCAUUGCGUACUCGUGCAAAGGUUACCGCCAUGUCGGCCGCUUCGAACUGGAUUUUCAGCUUUGUCCUCGCCGAAGCCUCGCCUACUGGAUUUGCCACUAUUGGUUACAGGUAUUACAUUGUGUAUGCCUGUAUCAGCGCAUUUGGCCUGGCUUUCUUCUACUUCCUUUGCCCGGAGACGAAAGGACGCACUUUGGAGGAAAUCGAUGAGAUCUUUGUGAAUUCGAAGUCUUUCUUUGAUACUGUUCGCGUUGCGAAGGAGAUGCCGUACCAGACUGAGCUUCUUGCGCAUGCUGACGAUAAGGAGAAAAUGGGAAUGGAGGCUGAGCGGAUUGAAAACGUGGCUAAGGAGAAGCCUUGA